AAACAAAAAAACAAGCCUCCACCUCUCUCGAUCCGCACCGUCAUGCCCACCCGGAUGUCACCGCAGCACACUCGCGAAUAGUUGUUUAUUUGUCAGUAAAUAAAGAAAAGAGAUUGACAAGGGAGAUAAAUAAUUGAGGGUGAAAAUGCAGCUAUCCUACUGCGCAUCCCUGGUGGUGAAUAGGGAAAUAGUGCGUCAGUGUCCCGUCUGAGAGGAGGCGUCGAUCAUACAAGCUCCGGAGCCUCUCCUCCUUUUUAGUAUUCCGCAACCAAAAUCAUCCUUUGAAACAUGGUGUCUCUUUAGCAGUGAGGUCAUAUCCAGAUUCCCCCUCGUUCUCGUCAUCGUUUCUUUCCUCAAAGUAUCCAGCUGCCCGCCCGCUCACCUCCCACAGACUCUCUAUGUGAAAAGGAUCCAAAAUAUUCAAAGCAAUCCCUCUACCAGCCGCUCAAAUCCCGGCAACCCCCACCUCACUCUUCGACCCGCCCGUCCGUCUUCUGCGAGUGGCCUCCUAGACUCUAUCAGGGGAGCCCCCAUGGCCUCUCCCAAACUGGGCCUAUCAGCCACCACAACCUCCUCAUCGUCAUCAUCUUCUGCAUCCAUGUGUCCUCCACACCCAGGAAGCCCCAGCCGAGUACCCGAGGGUCCCCCGAGCCCCGUCACUCCGACAACUAGUCCAGGCGUGGCGUCGGCCUCAGCCGCUCCCACUCGGGCCCAGUUGAGUCUGGCUCUUAUUUUAGAAGAGCUCCGGGUGCUUCAGCAAAGGCAGAUUAACCAGAUGCAAAUAACAGAGGAGAUCUGCAGACAGGUACUUCGUCUGGGUGGGGCAACUUAUUCUCUCGACACGCCUUCUCAGCAUCUUCUUCCACCCCUACCUCAACUCUGUCUGGAAGACAAACGGGCCAGCAGCCCAACGAGUCAAACUCCUGCCACCGAGCCUUCCGCAAGUGUGGCUCCUCUCCUGGCCUGUUUUUCAACCUUACUUCCCUCCCAAGUGGCCAGCAAACCUUCCAAAUCAAACAAUGCCUUGUCUCAAAUCCUGCAAACGUGCAAGCCGCAAAUGGAAGCCACAGGUGCAGACGCGGGGCUAAAUAGUUACCUGAGAGUCAACACGCAAUCUUCCGACCAUUCCGCAUCUUCAACCGCUGCCAUGACUUCCUCCGCCUAUCCACUGGCUUUAUCCUUGGCUCUACCGAGCCAUUAUUUCAAUGAGAAACCUCCAAAUGAUAUCUCCAUGACUGAGCACGGCGGCAAGAGCUACCUAAACACGGCCCUCUCGUCGGUAUCCCCAAACGCACAAUCUGCUUUGCAAUCCCUCUCUGCAGGGGCCAACCUCUCAUCUACCUCUUCCUCCGGCAGUACUAGCCGUCUCCAGCACGCUUGCCGCUUUUGCGGCAAGGUUUUUAGCGGGGACUCGGCCCUGCAGAUACAUCUCCGAUCACAUACCGGGGAGCGGCCCUACCAGUGUCCCGUGUGCCUGAGUCGCUUCACCACCAGAGGCAACCUCAAAGUGCAUUUCUUACGCCACCGUGAGCAAAACCCAGAGCUCUCCCUUUCGCUCCUUCCACCAUCUUUGUUUGGCGUGGCUUUGCGGCCCACUGCGUCCACAGAUAUGAGUCCGACUAGUAGCAACAAUAGUGCUUUGAAGAUGUCGGACAAGAAGCCAAAAGGCCGGCCUGAGGACGACGUUUAUGGAAAUGACAUGGAGGUCCGUGGUAGCAACAGUGGGUUCCCUCUAGGGGCAUCUGGGGGGUCCACCCCUUGCACGUUACCCUUGGCUCCAAGUGUGGAUCUGGCUUUGAUUUCACAUUCCUUGCUUCAGCUUAAUAGGGCAGCAGCUGUAGCAGCUGCAGUCUCAAUUGCCUCUGGCUCAUCUUACUCGUCCCCCUCCACCUCCUCGGCCGCCUCGUCUUCUUCGCUAGCCACCUCCUUACUUUCAAAUGCGACGUUAUCGUCGCCGUCUACCAUCGCGGGGUUGCUGAAGGGUUCCAAGCACUCCAAUAACUCUGAUGAAAACACCCCCCCUCAAGCUCCCAUGCUUUCUCCUGCCGCUUACUCCCAGCUAGCCCACCUGCCUAAGCUUCUCUUCCCAUCAGGUUCCUCCAGCUCUACCUCAAGCGUGCCACACUCAACACUGCACCCGGCUUUGGGCUUGCUCUGCAACCCGUUACCCUCAAAUCCAGGUUCCCACCAAGGAGCCUCUUCCAGCUUCUCAAACAUGACUUUCCCUUUCUCUCCAUUUCAUAAACCCGUCAGCACUGCCGCGUCCUCUCUAGCUAUCUCUACACCUACAUCGGAAACUUCCAAGUUGCAGAGGCUGGUGGAGAAGCUGGAAAAGACAGCCUCUCAGUCAACUUCCCCAUGGACUUCUUCCGCUAUCUCCACCUCCGCCAUGGAGGCGCAAUCAAGCGAUAGCAGCACUUCUACCACAUAUAUCAUGGCAGCUCCACCCUCCUCUACCCCGGUGGUCUCCACGUCCGUUUCAAACUUCACUCGACAGAUGGUCGCUGCCCUCGGCAUGGGCGUCAAUAAUGCAAGUGCCAUUGCAGGGGGCUUGCUACCAGCGCUGAGCAUCACAGGUGCAGCCAACAGCUUGGCAAGCAAUCAAUGCGGCGUGUGUCUUCGGGUUCUGAGCUGCCCCAGAGCGCUGCGCUUGCACCAAGCCACGCACCUUGGAGAGCGCCCUUUCCCAUGCAAGUUGUGUGGAAGAUCCUUCUCAACCAAAGGCAGCCUCCGCUCGCAUCUGGCAACCCAUCAUGCUCGGCCCCCCAACGCUCGCGUCCACAAUUCGUGCCCGCUUUGCCAACGUAAAUUCACCAAUGCUCUGGUACUCCAACACCAUAUUCGUAUGCACCUUGGAGGUCAACUGCCCCCGGUAGGCACUGAUGAUUCUGCCUGUGAGAUGACAGCCCAAUCGAAUGCUAAACAACCCGAGUCCAACAUGGGCGAACAAAGCAAUGCCAAGAGUAAAACACCUCAACCUGGUAACCUGACAAGCCUAUCCCCAAGUCCACAAUUUCAAAACGUCGAAACGGACUUAUGUCCUACUUCCGAUGCUCAAUACGCCGCGACGACGACCAAAUCUGGCUUUUGUAGCGCAGACCUCAACCCCCCCAGUGACCUUAGCCCCGACCCCUUCAUGAAUAGUGCAACCCGAACUCCACCAGAACCCACGGAUGAGCCUCCUUUCCUUUGUGCAAGUGCCCCCCUGCCACUCACCCAGCAAACGGACGAAUUUUCCCGUAUCGACAAAGACGACAGAAGUGAGCAACCCUCCGGGGAUCUGCUCUCCAAAUCAUCUUCACCUGUUUCCCAAACCACUGGACUGCAUGACGUUAUGGCCGUGGACUGUGAUGAAACAGUCACUAUCCCCCCCGCCAGAUCAAAUCCGCAGGAACAACAAAGCACACCUCCUACCUUUGCUUACAACUGUCCGAGUACAAUUGCUUCUUCUUCAACACAGAAUCAAGAUGUGACUCCACCUGUAGGCAUUCCAGCCCCCGAUCCAGGCCUAGUCUCCUGUGGGGUCCAAUCACCUGGACCUAGGGAAGACGACGGAGAUGAGUUUUGUACUCCGACAACACCAACGCGAGCAGAAGUGCCUGAGGAAUACCCCCAAAUGAUGUCAGCCUCAGAAAGUGCAGAAAGUAGUCAAGGAAGUGAUGCACUUAGGGCUUCCGCUUUCACAAGGGACCCAGGUCAGAACUUUAAUUUUGCCUCAUAUGACAGAAACAACCAAAUAGACGGUGUGAAUAAGAUGAAUGCAUCUACUCCAAGUGAAGCACCGGAGGUUUCUGUUCCUCUCAGCCUAGCCCCGACUCUCCCAUCUCCAAUAGCUCGCCCCGAGAAGAAGACCUAUUGCUGUGCUGAAUGCGGAAAAGCAUAUGCUAGUCGCAGCGGACUGAAGGGACAUAUGAAGCACCAUGGUGUCGUCACCAAAGCAACCCGCUCUUUAGCCCGCAGUAGUCGUUCAUGUGCUGACCAAGCUCAGUCAUCGAUAGGAGGUUCCCUGACCAUUCCGGCCUCCACAAGUGCAGCGGGUUUCUGGAACCAGUACCAAGCCUUCCUCAACAACAGUCCUGGGUCAACCGAUGAUACUCCUCCGACCAGCCAGGAAAUAAACGAGCCUGCAAAAUCCCCUUUGCAGUCCGAGCUGGAAAAGGGAGCGCCCGAUGAAGCGGGAGAUGAAUGAACUUGAAUGCCUGAAUAGUGCUUCUUUACCUUCAUGUAGCUUUGUCAUUUUGAUAGUCACAGUGAUGUUUGUUUGUGAAAGUUGUGAGUCAAUGGGUUUGGUCUUAUUGCAAAAAACAGACAUAUUGUAUAUCACACAAAUGCAAUUAUUCAAGUAAAUCUGUUGUCAGUAAUUGCUGUGACAAGACUGGUGUUGACUAAUUAAGCGUAUCAAUGUUGUAUGUCAGAUCUGGUUUGGUUUUCUGUUCGACACUGAAAGGUAUAACGUCUACCUCAGGUACGGUUUUCAAAUCUGACCUAUUACCAAGAGGCUCAAGCAAAAGAGACUUCCUUCAGAAAAAA